AUGACCACUACAACAUCGGUUCAAUUUACGGUGGGGAAACUUGAUGCGGGUAUGGCAAUUUUGUUAACUGAAGACCAUCACCUAAUUGAAUUUCCUUCUCUUUUACUUCCACCAGGUGUCACAUCUGGUAGUAUAGUUAACAUUGGUGUGAAUCGUAAUUAUGAACAAGAAGAUCAACAACGUAAAGAGUUUUGGGAACUUCAGGAAGCCAUUCGUGAAGAAUUUGGUUGUAAUCCACCUGAACCACCUAAACUUCGUUUAAAACAUGUAACUCAAACAUCCGUUAUUCUUGAAUGGGAACCUUUAGUGCUUCAUAAUGCAAAAUUGAAAUUUCUUGACAUAUAUCGUAAUGGUGUACGAUUAAGUCAACACGCUUUACCUGGUGUUAAUUAUAUUAAAUUGAGUGGAUUGGAAUUAGAUACAGAAUAUGAUUUUCAUAUCGCAGUUAAAACUACAGCUGGUUCUUUUAUUUCCAAUAAAAUUAAAGUUAGAACACAUACUUUGGAAAAUUUAAAUGGUAUUAAUGUUUGUUUUGGAAACAUUUCAUCAGAUCUUAAUUCGGAAUCUGAAGGAACUUCAACUCCAACUCAACAAGAAUUGAAAGAAAUUUUAAAAAGAAUUGGAGCAAGUUAUAGUGAACAUGUUGGACCUGAUACCACACAUUUAUUAUGUGAUAGUCAAGGAGGUUUAGAGUAUCAAAAAGCAGAAGAAGGUAGUAUACCUAUUGUUAAGCCAGAAUGGUUGGUUGCUUGUGAGAAAGAAGGAAAAAUGCAAGCAGCUUUACCUUAUUAUCUUGUUCCACUUUCAGAAGAAAGUAAUUAA